AAAUGGACAGAUAUGGACAGAAUAUUAUUGACCUUUUCCAAAUGGGGUUGUUUCUAAAGACUUGUCCCAGUUUAACAUGUGACUUUGAUUAUAUUAAAGCCCAACCAUUGCAGGAGGUGUGUGAAAGAGGUUCUGUAUUCUACCAUGUUAAUGGACAGGAAAUCUGUGCUAAGUGCGGACCAGGUUCGUUUUUUGAUGACAAUGUUUGCGUUCUUUGCUCUGAAGGAUUCUACCAAGAUCGACCAGGACAACGGUAUUGUAAAAAAUGCCCGAAUGGAAGAACAUCUGCACAAGGGACUUUUUUGAUGUCUCAAUGUUAUGCUGAAGUAAUUAUGGAAGAGAAAUUGUAUUCUUUUAAUACACUAACAGUGGUUGGAGUAGUUGUUAGUGGAUUACUUCUGAUAAUGACGCUAGCCAUUCUUACUGUAAUAUAUAAAAGGAGUAAAUCGUCUACAAAAGAUGAAAGAAGAGAAAACAAUGAUCAAUAUCCAAACCCGAUGUAUGAUGAAUCAGAAGUUUAUGAUGAGAUUCCUGAUCAAGAGGCCCCCAAUCACUCACAAUACAAACCAAGUCCAAAGACUGACCAAAAUGUGUAUGAAACCUUAACGACAAAAAGAUCAGGCGAAAAUCUGUACUCGAGAAUGAAUUGGAGAGCUUAUUAAUAUCAAACUUCUGACAUAUUUACUUUGGAAAUACAAAGAACAGUGUUAUGAUUUGAUUUGAACAUAUUUUAUU